GCAGCCUGCUUUGCUUACCUUUGAAGCGCAUCUGGACCACGGUGGCGUAAACAGGAUCUGUUGUAGUUGCUAGUUUGUGAAAACGCGGAUUAAGAUGGAAAGCUGCGUCUUUCAAAACCAGUAUUGUUCUGUGGACGAUAUAAAAAUGGAGGAAGAAGAUGGCCAGCAGCCCAUGGUGAUAAAAGAAGAGAUUCUUGAUGAAUGUGAUUCCAACCUGGACCAGAAAGACCCAGAGCUCCUCAACAUAAAGGAGGAUGAGGAGAAAGACUGGAUCAGUCAGGAGGAAGAGAUGUUUGAUGGGCAGAAUAAAAGUGAUACCAGCGGGUUGUUUUUUAGUGCUGCUGUAAAGACUGAAGAUGAUGAAGAGGAACCUCAGCCAUCACAGCUUCAACAAAUCAAAACUGAGGACAACAGCGAAACAGAGCCUCCAAGCACAAACUCGGCCAUACGGAAUAAAACCGAACCUGGAGGGGACUGUGGAGGACCAGAACAAGUAGGAAACCCAGCUCCAAAUGGUUAUUCAGAAUCAGAUGGCCAGCAGCUCAUGGAGAUGAAAGAAGAGGUUUCUGAUGAAUGGGACUCCACUCUGGCCCAGAAAGAUCCACAACUUGAUUUAAAGAAGGAAGAGGAGAAAAUCUGGAUCAGCCAGGAGGAAGAGCAGCUUAAUGGGAAGGAGAAAACUGAUACCAACCAAUUUCUAUUUAGCGUUACUGUAAAGAGUGAAGAUGAUGAAGAGAAAGCUCAGUUCCUUCAGCUCCAUCAAAUCAAAACCAAUGACAGAGAGACAGAGCCUCCAACCAAAAACUCCACUACGCAGACAAAAGCAGAACCUGAUGAAGAGGAUUGUGGAGGACCAGAACCAGCAGAAAACCCAGAGGCAAAUGAUUAUUCAGAAUCGAAUGCUGAUGAUUUUCCUUCAGAUUCCUCUGAGACUGAUGACGACGAUGACUGGAAUGAACAUCUGUCAGGUUUAGAAUCUGAAAGUGAUGACGUUGACCAUCACGUGAGAAAAACCAGAGCGCCUCGGUCUGGCGUAAAAGGUAAAGUGCCAGAUGGCCAGCAGCUCGUGGAGAUGAAAGAAGAGGUUUCUGAUGAACGGGACUCCACUCUGGCCCAGAAAGAUCCACAACUUGAUUUAAAGAAGGAAGAGGAGAAAAUUUGGAUCAGCCAGGAGGAAGAGCAGUUUAAUGGGAAGGAGAAAACUGAUACCAACCAAUUUCUAUUUAGCGUUACUGUAAAGAGUGAAGAUGAUGAAGAGAAAGCUCAGUUCCUUCAGCUCCAUCAAAUCAAAACCAAUGACAGAGAGACAGAGCCUCCAACCAAAAACUCCACUACGCAGACAAAAGCAGAACCUGAUGAAGAGGAUUGUGGAGGACCAGAACCAGCAGAAAACCCAGAGGCAAAUGAUUAUUCAGAAUCAAAUGCUGAUGAUUUGCCUUCAGAUUCCUCUGAGACUGAUGACAACGAUGAACAUCUGUCAGGUUUAGAAUCUGAAAGUGAUGACGUUGACCAUCACGUGAGAAAAACCAGAGCGCCUCGGUCUGGUGUAAAAGGUAAAGUGCCAGGAGAGAAACCGUUUAACUGUGAUCUUUGUGAAGCAAGAUUUUCACGACAAGGAACUCUGAAGAGACACUAUCAGAAGGUCCACAAGAAGUAG